AAUUGACCUAGCGCUCAUUCCUGUGGGAGGGCGGCGUGCCCAAGUGCAGAGCCCGGCUGCUCCUCCGCACCCCGGGAGCCCCCGGCCCUGCCUGCCACCAUGCCUGCCCGCUGCCUCCUCCUCCUCCUCCUCCUGGGACUGCUCCUGGAGCUGGAACCUGCCUUCUGCCAGGAAGCCCGGGGCAGCCUCCAGCCGUGGUCACAGGGUGUCAUCGCAGUGGUUGUGUUUCUAGUGCUGGUGGCCAUCGCUUUCGUGGUCAACAGGUUCUGGUGUAAGAAGAAAGAGGAAAAUGCUGAGACCGUGGUGACUGUAGAGGACAAGCAGGAUCCUGUCGUGUCCAAUGGCCACGAAGGGAGAUACAUAUCAGCUGCAACCGACUUCAGGUCCAAAGAGAACCACCACGCCUACGAGAACACGGUGGAGCCCGAGGAGAAGGUGAUCACCACUGCCAUGUAGCAGGCACCCAACCAGCCACCCUCCUUCCUCCUCUCAACUGGCUUCACACGAUCGCGAUGGGCGUUUUCACAGAGACCCUCUGCACUGGCAGCCCCUGUGUGUGAUGGGUCCCUGACCUCCCCAUGGCACCACCAUCUCCUGAUCUUUCCACACCUGUGGGACAUGCCCUUCUGCCUCGGAGACUGGUGUCCAUGCGGGCAUCAGUCCCCAGGAGAGGUCUGGAGGUGCCACCUGUCCUGCCUGGUGGUCACCCCACCUGCUUGGCAAGGUUGAUGUCCCAAGUCCCAGGAGGGUGUUGACCUGCUUAUUACACAGAAGGGCUCCUGCUGGGUGUCUGGGACCUCCCUGCACCCCCAGCUGCCUUAUGGGGAGUUGCUGAUGGAAAACCUGCUCUUUUCUCCCCAGUUCACCCUCCUUUUUACAGCCUACACGAAACAUUUUAAUGUCAGAACAAACCUUCUCCCCUGUACAUAUCUCCCCUGUGAGAAAUAAAGAGAAUUGUUGCCCCUA